CAAGAAAGUUCAAAGAAUUCUUCAAGCUUACCUGCAUUUGACUGACAAGGUUCCUCAAGGUUACCCAUGACCGAUGAGAAAAAUCUUUCAAAUAUACCAGCCUCCGAUUCAAAUUGGUUCUUCUCGCUAUUUAGUUCAAAUAAGCGGAGAACAGCUAGUGAUAUUAUACCAAAGCAAGGGAGACAUCUUUCAGCAAUUACAAUUACUAGUGAAGCAGUUGUCAAAGCUGAAGAACAUGCAAAAGAUCCCGCUCCGAAGCCUUAUGAAGAAGAAACUGAGGAUUCAGAGAAGGAUGUAUACAAGAAAUCCGAGCUUGCAAAGAAUGCAGCUUCAGAUAUGCAAGAUAUUGGCGGAGAUGCUGAAUGUUUACCAGAACAAGAUCUUACCGUGGUUGAAAAAGCGAAAAAGGAAAUUGAAGAAGAAAGAAAUCAUCUGGUCGGAACAGAAAAGAAAGGGAGUGAGGUCAUCGUGUUAGUUGAACCAGUUGAACCCACCACUAUUCAAACAGAAGAUAUUGUUCCAAUUGAAGGUACGAUUUUGACAGAAACAUCUACUCAAGCUCAAGUACAUAAUGAUGAACAAGCAGGAGGUGAAGUUGGGGAACCGUAUGGACGGGAAAUACUUAAAAGCAUUGCGUGGUUUAAUUGA